CUUUUUUUUUUUUCCUACAGUUGUGCCUCCAAAGUGUCCUUUUGUGAGAAAUGCGCUCAUCUAUCUGACUGAGGCAGGACGAUAGUGCCUGAGACACUGAAAGAUCCUCCAACACCUUGUAGACUCAAUAGCUUGAUUGCUAAAGCUGUUCUUGAUACAUGAGAUAGACUUCCAUCUAUUAAUGAUGACAUUGUGUCCUAAAUGUGAGCGUUUGAAUGCCAUAUCUACUGAUAUCUAAAACAAAAAUAAUAUUUUCAGCAAUUGUCAGUGCGACAUCGGGAUCAGCACAUCACGAUCAGGCCUUGAGUGUACAAAACAUGAUUGUCAUUGCUUGUGCUAAACCAAAGACUGCAUGACCUUCACUGGAGAUUUCCCAUAUUAGGCUAUUAGUCUUCUUUCAUUUAAGGAAUUUAGAGAAGGUUUUAUCAGGUAAAUCUCACAAUGUGGAGCGAAGCAGACUGGAAUGGCCCAAUGGUGUCUAAAAACAGGAAAGAUUGAAACUAAAAAUGUUUUCCUUGGCACACUUCCUUCAGCUUUGUCUACUUUAUUUUGACCCGUUCCACUGAAUGUCACGUUGUCAUAUGAAAUACAAACACAAAACAAGCAAAACAAUGUUGUUUUGCUUAUUUGAUCAAAAUUAGGUAAUCUCAUUGAGCCUGUGAUUUUUUUUUUUGGUUGUUUGUUUUUAUUUAUAUUUAUUUAUUUAAAAUUUUCCAGAAAUUACAAUUGAGCCUUUGAAAGAUGAACCUCAGCCAUGAAUAUUGUAGAAGCUGAUGGGAGCUCCUACCUUUCAUCAAACUUGCCUUUCUGAACGAACUUGUCGCCAUUUCCCAGUCCCUGAGUUUGUCUUUGUAUACUGUAUUCCCAUAACAACUAUCCCUGUUGAGAUGCAAGACAAGGAACUACCAGAGGUGUUAAGAAUAUAUUACUAAACAUCUGAAGAUCCUAACAUCAAUUCAAAGAUAAUGUAAUUGGAUUGGAUUCCCACAUGUACUUGGUUAACUGCUGCAUUUAAGCGGUUUUGAAGAUGGAAGGAUGCUCAAUAUCCCUGAUUCUGCCAGCUGCUUUGUUCACUGGAUUUCUGUACUAUGUUUCCAACCUCCGAACUGGAGUCGACACAAAUCAUUUGCAGAAGCCAAAUUUUAUUAUCAUUCUGGCUGAUGAUAUUGGAUGGGGAGACCUGGGGCAAAACUGGCCAAGAACAAGUGAGACCCCCAACCUAGAUCUGAUGGCACAACAAGGAAUGAGAUUUACAGAUUUCCACGCAGCUGCUUCAACGUGCUCCCCAUCCAGAGCCUCCCUGCUGACCGGCAGGCUGGGGUUAAGGAAUGGAGUGACCCGGAACUUUGCUGUUGGUUCUGUAGGGGGUCUCCCACUCAACGAGUCUACACUUGCUAACAUAUUGAAGGGGGGCGGAUACUACACUGCCAUGAUAGGUAAAUGGCAUCUGGGGCACCACGGCCUGUAUCAUCCUAGCAAUCGGGGUUUUGAUUACUAUUUUGGGAUUCCUUACAGCAAUGACAUGGGCUGCACAGACACGCCCGGGUAUGACAUUCCAAGCUGCCCUCCAUGCCCAAAAGAUCCUGAGACAGACUGCUGCAAACAUAAAGACUGUUACUCAACAGUAGCACUACCUCUAUACGAGAACAUGAGCAUUGUGGAGCAGCCUGUUAACCUGAGUGCCUUGACAGAACACUACGCAGAGAGAGCGACAAGAAUUAUCAAGCAUGCCAGCAAACCCUUCUUGUUGUAUGUGGCACUGGCACACAUGCAUGUCCCUCUGUCUCUAGCUGGGCGCUUUGUAAACACAACUCGCCAAGGCGUAUAUAGUGCCAGCCUCAGGGAAAUGGACAGUCUUAUCGGCUUGAUAAAGAACACUUCUGACACCACAGAUAAAGAAAACACCAUCAUCUGGUUUACUGGAGACAAUGGCCCUUGGUGCCAGAAGUGUGAGUUUUCAGGAAGUGUAGGUCCUUUUCUUGGAAGCUGGCAGGCACACAAAGGAGGGAGUUCUGCCAAACAGACAACAUGGGAAGGUGGGCACCGGGUACCCACUGUUGCAUACUGGCCAGGCAAGAUCCCAGCCAACAUCACCAGCACGGCACUGCUCAGUGUGCUGGAUAUCCUCCCGACUGUACUGUCCCUGGCUAGGGUGGGCCUCCCACUCGACCGGCACUAUGAUGGAAUGGAUGCCACUGAGGUUUUGUUCAAUCGCUCACAAACAGGACACAAGACUCUGUUCCACCCCAAUAGUGGAGCUGCUGGUCGAUUUGGAGAUCUGCAGACUGUGAGACUAGAGCAGUACAAGGCUUAUUACCUCACAGGGGGUGCAGAGGCAUGUGGAGGGGGUACAGGACCAGAGCAGCUCCACGACCCCCCUCUCAUUUUCGACCUGUCCCGUGACGUUGCGGAGGGGGCUCCCCUGGACAGCAGCAGCGCAGAGUACCGAGGCGUCCUGGAGAGGGUCGCUGCCGAGAGAGAGGCCGUGCUUCAGGACAUCGCCACAGACAACGUCUCCCGAGCAGACUACACUAUCGACCCUGCAGUGGAGCCCUGCUGUAACCACCAGCACAUAGUGUGCAGGUGUCAGGGACAAGAAUGACACAGAGACAGCGACAGUAUUCCACACCCAGUUGGGAACUUUAUCUCAUUUCCAUUCCAGUCCAAACGCUUUUUUUCCUGUGACCACAGAAUUGUGAAAUGUAAAACAUAGGGUUGUUAGAAAGCAAAAACCCUCAAAGUGACCGUAACUUAAAAGGAGUGUCAAGCUUUGUAUUUGACAGAGAAGGUAAUGGGAUGAUAAUGUUUUGUUUGACUCCCACAGGAGGGUGCAGUCUGUGUACAGACAGGGGUGUGGUUAUGUACAAAUGUUUGAAUGACUUUUUAAUGUUUUUUUUUUUUCUUCUUCCUAACCUUGUAUACAGUUCAUAAAUAAUAAAAUGGGAGAGUUGGAGAAGGCACGGCCAUAAGGCAGUAGAAGUACUAUAUUCCGGAGAUAGACGAUUGGAUAGUAGCGGGAGCCAGAUGAAGAGAAUCUCUUGCGUGGACGAUGAAACAAAGAUCCAGUCUUGAUUAAACGGGAUAGGUUGGAUGUGAUUCUGAGCACAGAAGGUUGAAAAUGUUGACCAGCCAGUAGCGUAUGAUGAUUUAGUAGCAGGAGCUAGAGAUGCAGCUAUGUAGCAUCGGGCAGAUCGCAAGAGGUUGGUGAGAGUUGAGUUUAGUAAGCAGCAGAUGUCGGAGAUGUGCGGUUUAGGGACGCUGAAGGAACAAGUUAAUGAUAUUGGGAUAUCUGUAAACAAGGAAAAGCAUCAGCAGCGUUAUUAUGGGUACCAGGAAGGUGACGGGCUUGAAUUAUGAAAUUGUGAGAGACUGAGAUCCAGGUUAAACGUCAAAGUAGUUGCGGGGAGUAAGAGUGCCCUUUAUUAAUGAUGUGAACUGUGGGUUUAUUGUCGCCGUAAAAUAAUUUAUUUUUGUGUCCAUUGACUCCAGAGGUGAGCGGCUGUGCUGAUGGUGUAGAUUUUAGAUUGUGGGAUAAGCUUUGGAUUUCAGGGGGCCAUUUGCUGGGGAACCACCGAGAUCCGAGAAAAAUCGCCAAAUCCGUUAAGUGAAGCAUCGGUAAAGACAGCAAGAUCGUGGGAAGCUGAGAUGAAGUCUUGGUAAAUAGAUAGGCCAUUCCAGUGGGUGAUUUAGUGUGGCCCACAUCUUUAUAUCCUUCUUGGCUUCAGAGGAUAUAUUGAUGUAGGAUUUUAGGUUCUUGUCAGGAGUGGAGGGUGCCAGAAGACGAGAAAUGAAUGUCCUACCCUGGGAGAUAAUGUGUAAAGCAAAGUUGAAAUGGCAGAGAAGAGAUAAUAGAUUGUGUUUCUUGAUGGAAGGGGAAACCUGGAAGCUAUUGAUGAGGGAGCGAAUGUGUUCUAGUUAAGCAGGAGGGAGACUGGCUUCAAAUUUGACUGUAUCAAGUGUAACCCUGAGAAAUUCCAGUUAGUUGACUGGGCCAAUGGUUUUGUCUUCAGAGUGGAGUGUGGGAUCUUCUGUUAGAGCAGAGAGUUUAACUGGCUCUGUGGCAGCGGGUGCAGUGUGUGGAGCAGGGGAGGGGUGUCUGCUUCUAGUUGCUUGCUUGAGGAGGAAAGACAGGUUCAGCAGACACAGCUUCACAAUAGAGGUUGAAUAGAGCGAGCCGAUCGCUGUCAAGGAAUAUUAAUGCCUUUGUCGAACAAGGCUUUUAAAAGCUUGGCAAUGGGCCAGCCUAUAUAAUGAAGACGCUGUAGGGGUUGAGUAGUGGAGUGGCACUUUGAGCAGUGUGGCUGCUAGGUGGAGACUGGAUGUUUGCAGGAUUGGCUGGCAAUGAAGCUGUAGUGACAGAAAAAGAAGCUGGAGGACGAGAAGUAUCUUCAGAGCAGAUAAGAAAAGAUAUUACGAAUCGGACGAGAAAACGAAAUGACAGAGCACAUUUGUAGAGUCUGAACAUUUGCUAGAAAGCAAAAAACAAUAGAGAAGAUGUGUGUGAUUGAGGUUUAAACAGGAAAUUAAUGAUGAUAGGCAUUAAUUAAGGGGCCCCAGCUCCCACCACUUGAAUCUCGCUAGCUAACAUUUAAAUCAAAAUGCAUGCCAUGCCCUUUCUUAAUGAAGAAAACACACAUACACAGA